UCUCUCUCUCUCUUUCUCUGUCUCUCUCUCUCUCUCUUCUCUCUUGGUGAUGCAGUCAAAGAUUCCAGCUCUUGCGCUGUCACCAAGAAGACCCCCAACUGACAAAAAAAAUGCUAAAUUGUCUUUUUUAACGACAAAUGAGGACAUAAUUUCGUUUUUGGGCGGUUCCUCACUGAUGUAGAUGCCAGGGAGUGUAUUUCGAGGGAGUAAUAUGGAUGGGCAAACCAAGAAAAGCGGCUGAGGAUUUUUAACGGUUUGGAUGAAACGGUUGCCUUUAGAGGGCUGGUUACUUUGCGAAGACGUCGAAGUGGAAACAGGCAUGACUUUACAGUAGCAGUUAGAAAAAGAAAGAAAAAAUAAUCCCCCUGCACGCAUCUGCCUCUGCUUUUUACUCAACAAUAACAUUUUCUGUUGAAGAACGUAUUUUACUCGGGUAAAGAUGGCUCACCUAAUACGGCACAAGAUCACCAACAAGCUGACCAAUGCGGCCCACACGGUGUCCAACAAAUCUCAGGCCAAGGUCAGUGGGGUGUUCGCCCGAAUGGGCUUCCAGGCCGCGACGGAUGAGGAAGGUUUGGGUUUCGCAGAGUGCGACGACUUGGAUUAUGACUACAGGCAAGGGAUGAAAAUGGAUGUUAUUCAGGGAGAAGAGGAAGGGGGGCCCACGGAGGGAGAGGGGGAGCUGGAUGGAGACAGCCACUACCAGAGAGACGGCACCGGACCCAGGCCCUCGACCCUGAAGAUUGGAGGCUCUCUGGAUGAGGAUAAGCCAAAGAUCACGUCAUGGGAAGCUGGCUGGAACGUCACCAAUGCCAUUCAGGGCAUGUUCGUCCUCGGCCUGCCGUACGCCAUCCUCCACGGUGGCUACCUCGGUCUCUUCCUCAUCAUCUUCGCGGCUGUGGUGUGCUGCUACACAGGAAAAAUCCUCAUCGCGUGUCUGUACGAGGAGAACGAGGACGGCAUUAAGGUGCGCGUGAGGGACACCUACGUGGACAUCGCCAAUGCCUGCUGCGCGCCCCGCUUCCCAACUCUGGGCGGGCACGUCGUGAACGUGGCUCAAAUCAUCGAGCUGGUCAUGACCUGUAUCCUUUACGUUGUGGUCAGCGGCAACCUGAUGGUCAACAGUUUCCCGGGGUUCCCCGUCUCCCAGAAAGCUUGGUCUGUGGUGGCCACGGUCGCGCUCCUGCCCUGCGCGUUCCUGAAGAACCUCAAGGCCGUGUCCAGGUUCAGCAUGCUCUGCACCCUGGCGCACUUCGUCAUCAACAUCCUCGUGGUGGCCUACUGCCUCUCCAGGGCACGCGACUGGGCCUGGGACAAGGUCAAGUUUUACAUCGAUGUGAAGAAAUUCCCCAUUUCAAUUGGCAUCAUCGUGUUCAGCUACACCUCCCAGAUCUUCCUCCCCUCACUGGAGGGAAACAUGCAGAAGCCCAGUGAGUUCCACUGUAUGAUGGAGUGGACUCACAUCUCAGCCUGCGUCCUCAAGGGCCUCUUCGCUCUCGUGGCCUACUUGACUUGGGCAGACGCCACCAAAGAGGUCAUCACGGAUAACCUGCCUUCAACCAUCAGGGCCGUGGUCAACAUCUUCCUCGUCGCCAAGGCGCUGCUGUCUUACCCGCUGCCGUUUUUUGCUGCAGUUGAGGUUCUGGAGAAAAGCUUUUUCCAGGACGGCGGGAGAGCCCUCUUCCCUGACUGCUACGGGCCUACUGGGCAGUUGAAAUCAUGGGGCUUGGGCCUUCGAAUUGCCCUGGUAGUCUUCACCUUGCUUAUGGCCGUCUUUGUCCCCCAUUUCGCCCUCCUCAUGGGUUUAACUGGGAGCCUCACCGGCGCUGGCCUAUGCUUCCUCCUGCCAAGCCUCUUCCACCUAAAGCUCCAGUGGAGGAAUCUCCUGUGGCACCACGUCUUCUUCGACGUCGCCAUUUUUGUUAUCGGGGGCAUAUGCGCCAUAUCUGGCCUGAUUCACUCGGUUGAAGGGCUCAUAGAGGCGUAUAGGUACAAUAUCCACGAAUGAGAGCUUCAGAGAUGACCUUUUUUCGAAUGGUGAUGAUGUCCUAAAAUGCCGCACUCUGGCAGCUUGUCGUGACUCAGACCUUAUCAAAACAUCGUGUUAACCACUUGACAAAUAAGCUCAUGCGGAGGAUUAUUUGUGUGAAAUGUAGCCUACAUCUUUUAAUUUUGCCUUCGUGAUAAUGUGCAAUAAUAAACUCUACAGUCAUAGUGUAAAGUAGUCAUUCCAGAACACAUGGUUCAUUAACUGGACAGAGGAACACAACCUCCGCAUGGAAGGGCGUGAUUAAAAAUGCGUGAAUUAACCAGUCUGACCAGGUAUCAGUUUUCAUGCAAAGUUGUCAAAGAUCCAGUGGAAAUGUCCGCCAUGGGUCUUACUGUCAGUGUGUACGUGUUUAUAUCUGGGGAAUGAAAUAUGUGAAAAACAAUGAAGUGAAUAUGUUGUUAUUAUUGGUUUUUGAGCUGCUCAUUAAUCCCACUUCAGACAAAAUACAAAGCAUCCAUCAGAUCAUAUAGUGCUCUUUGGAUUAUAAUAAAACAUGAAUAACUAAUGUGUAGUUGUUUGAACAAUUU